AUGUUGACGUUAAAAGGUUUGGAGAAUGUUGAUGAUGGUGAUUCAUGGAAGAAACUCAAGAAGGAGGUUGAAGCAGUGACAGAUGAUGAAAGCCAGCGGCUAAGCAAACUAACUGAGAUUGUACUGGAAGGGUUUAUAAAACGCUUAGCCAAGGAACAUGCCACAGGGAAUAAGAAGAAGAUGAUCAUUGAGACAAAGGGUAUCAAACGUUGUCCUGGAAGUGGAAGUCGUAGUUCUUUUCAAGAAGAAAACGAAGAGUACAUGAUCAGGACGCAAAAGAAACAGAAGACAGGCAACAAUGACAAUAUGGAGAAGAAGCAGAAGACAAACAAAAACAAUGAGAAGAAGCAGAAUCAGAAGAAGAGACCCGAUCCCAUUGUUGCAGAGCUUACUGCUUUGGGUUUGGAACCGCCCCCCGAUAUGCCAGAAGCGUUCAAGAAUUGCAUUGAGAACUUGGGUGGGACUGAAAUAAUGCUGGUUAUUCAAAAGUUUAUUCAAGUUUCUGAUUUGGAUCCGAGGGAAAAUCGUUUGUCAAUGACAGAGAACCAAGUUAUAAGUAAAUUCUUGAGUGAAGCUGAGGAUGAAAGAUUAGGGAAAAAACAGUCAAUAGAAGCUGUAUUUGUUGAACCAUGUCUUGAGGUAUCGAUGUUGCGCUUGACCAAGUGGCGGAUUGGAGCGGGCUGGUCAUAUGUUUUCAAGAGUCAGUGGGGUAAAAUUGUAAAGAAAAAUGCCGAUAGUCUUAAGCCGAAGGCGGUGGUACAGGUUUGGUCGUUUCGCAUCGAACCGGAAUCAAAGGUUGGUUUUGCCAUGAUCAAGGUUAGAGAUGGGGAAGAUGGUCACGUGAUUAAUUAA